CUCACAUUGAGACCGCUUGGUAGAGCAGAGACAUUCAGUCGCUGAUUAUCCUAGCGCUCUUAUUUGCCUUUUUGCAUACGAAUUCAGAAAGUUCAAUGCUUUUCGUUGUGGUCUGCCUGGCUGCGGCCGUGAUUCUUUUCAUUUACCUGCGGUGGGAGUAUUCUUCGUACGUGAAAACCAUAGACUUGAUACCAGGCCCACCAAAAAUAGCAGUUUUCGGCAACGCUCAUUUAAUUCCCCGCGAUAUUCACGAAUCCCUGAAUCUUCUGCAGGAAAAAUGGCCAAAAAUGUACGGUCGUAUCUUUCGCGUGUGGUUUGGCUCACAAGCUUUCAUUGACAUAUCUUCCCCAGCGUUCAUGGAGGAAAUUAUGUCGAGCCAAAAAUUCCUAAACAAAGGCGAAGUUUACGAUCCACUGUUGCCGUGGUUGGGCGAAGGACUUCUUACUGCACCAGAAAAUAAGUGGCGGAAGAGACGACGUUUGCUGACGCCGGCAUUUCAUUUCCAAAUUCUGGAUAAUUUUUUCGACAUCUUUAACAAAAAUGCCGACAUCCUUUGCCAGCAAUUAAGUAACACGCUGUUUAAUGGGACAGAAAAGAACCAAACGGAAAUAGAAGUAUUCCCGUUUCUUAAACGCUGCACUCUUGACAUUAUCUGCGAAGCGGCAAUGGGCAUACAAGUAAACGCUCAGAUUGAAGAUACGGAAUACAUCGUUGCCGUACAAAGGUUUUCCUUCUUACUCUUUGAGAAAUUUAUGUCGAUAUGGCGAUUUAUUCCCGAUUGGAUGUAUUUCUUGAGUGCUGACGGCAAGGAGUACAAAAAGCAUUUGAAAGUCAUUCAUGAUUUCACUUCCAAAGUGAUUAAAGACAGGAAGAAAGAAAUCGACCAGGAAAUUGAGCCAACAAACCAAGGAGAUGAAAAAGAACCCGAGUUUGGAUCGAAAAAGCGGAGGGCAUUUCUGGAUUUGAUGUUGAUCGCUGCCAAACAAGGAGCCGAUCUAAGCGAAACUGACAUCCGCAAUGAAGUUGACACCUUUAUGUUUGAGGGUCAUGAUACAACUGCAUCCGCUGCCGUUUGGUUCCUAUAUUGCAUGGCAACUCAUGCAGAUCAUCAGGAGCGUGUACGAGAAGAGCUGAAUGACGUGUUUGGAGAUUCAAAUCGUGACUGUACUGCUGAAGAUGCAACUAAAUUAAAAUACUUAGAGCAUUGCAUCAAAGAGUCCCUUCGUCUCUAUCCCAGCGUACCUAACAUCAAGCGCCGUGUUAGUGAAGACAUUGUCCUGGAAGGGUACACAAUUCCGGCCGGUGCCACCAUAUCAAUGCAUAUCUAUUCACUUCACCGCAAUGAAAAAGUCUUCCCGGACCCAUUCGCUUUCAAACCAGAACGAUUUGAAAGCGAGCAGUUAAUUUCGAGACACCCAUUUGCGUUCGUUCCGUUUAGCGCCGGUCCUCGGAACUGUAUCGGUCAGAGAUUUGCUCUCUUUGAAGAGAAAGUUAUCUUGUCUACCUUACUCAGACGAUUUCGUUUUGUUUACGACACUGCCAAGCACGGACCGGCCAAACCGUGCGCCGACUUGAUUCUGAAACCUCAUCAUGGAAUGCCCAUGAUAAUUAUACCUAUUAACCAUACUACAAGCUCAUAAUCCCACGUUGCUGUGUUGGUCAUAACAAUACGUUUUUGU